AAAAUGGCGGCGAGCGCGGUAAAGGAAAAUUCAGAAGAUUGUGAUUUAAACACUUUGAAAGCGAGAAAAGGAUCGCUUACUCCCGCAGAAGUAACUGAAUUGUCUUCACUGUCAUCUCAAGAACCCGAGGAAGUAAUACGAUGUUUGGAAGGCCGACAAAAUAUAUAUGGUCACCGUAACCCAGAAGCAGAGACCCAAAUUUACUCUCUGAAUACUGUAGACGGUGAUGGAGAGUGUAACUUCAAAACAAGAAAUAUCGCUAGUACUCCAACGCAGCUGACGAACACAACUCCAGGAGCAUUCAGGAAACAACCCUUUAGAAGCAGCUCUAAGUUAAGGCAACCAUUUAAGUCACCUCUUCAAAUGAGACGACAGACUACAUCUCUUGAAGAUGAAGCAUCUUUGGUUAAAGAGAUUGAAACUUUAAAAGCCAAGUUAGAGAUUCUGGACAAAGAGAUCAAAGACCUCAGUGAAGAGUACAGUGAAGAAGAGCUUCAGCAGCACAUACAGAUGCUUCAUGAGUACAAUGAAAUUAAAGAUGUGGGGCAACUUCUCCUUGGAAAAUUAGCUGAAAUAGAUGGGACAACAACAAGAGCUAAGUAUCAGGAAUUUGGACUGGAUACUGAUGACUAGUUGAAAAUCAGGUUUGUGCAGUCCCCACUCUGGAUGGAUGGUAAAAUGCCGUCCAUAGGCCCUGUGUGGCUGUGUGAACAUGGAACUUUUGUUUAUGGCAGCAUCACUUGGUACUUUGUAAACAGGAAGAUGAUGCCAUGUCUGAAACUGCUGCCUAACAUGACCUGGUAGCCGCUGCCGAGCUUUCUGGUAAUAUGACUGUUUGGUAAUGUCUGGAGCUCGCUUUGGAUUGUAUAGCAGCUUACCACGAGAUGCAAUGGUGCCUUCUCUAUGAAACAACAGUAAGGUGGCAGUGAAUCUCUAAAUUGUAUAGGUAAUUUGUAGUUAGGAUUAUUAAUUGACUAUAUAUCCUGAUAGUUACAGAGCAAACAGUGAAGUUAGUUUUUAAAAUACUGUACAUAAAGGUCUGUUUAAAAUUUAUUUGCACGCAGCCUUACCUAGCCAGUGCUUCAAGAGCUUCCUCAAUUCUUCCUCCAUCAUAGUUGCCCUCUGUGUGGUCAUGAUUUAUUUUAAGGCCCAGUGAGUCCAUCUUGUCUGCCUUAACUCCAGACAAAGUACUGAAGAAUUUCAAGGCCAGUUCACGUUCUGUCAAUCAAAUAAAAAACCCACUCAAUCUAUCUGCACGAAAGUUCAUAUUUUCAUGCUCUGCAGAUUGUUUGGUGCAGAAGCUGGUUUAUGAGAAACAAACUGUUGACUGAGACAUUUUGCACUAUUUUUUUGGCACAAAGUGUUCUCUUGUUUGCACUAAGGUCAAAACAAAAUGUGAUAAAGCCUUAGUGAAACACUAAGGAAAAGUAUGAAUUAAAAUGUAUCUCACAAUACAUGUAAAUCAUAUAUUGACCACAAUGGUUGAGAUGAAAAGUGAUGAGUUUAUCUGCAAAGAGUAUCUGCAAUUAAAGUCACAACAGAAAAAGACGUAUAAAAAAUUCUGAGAUUUUUCAAGGCGGUGAAAAAUACAAAGCGUGCUAUGCCUCAGUUUUUAAUUUGUCUAAGAUUAUCUUUAUAAAGUAAUUGCAUGCAUUUUCUCAUUCAAAUAAACCUUUGUCAGUGGCUGUUUUCAACCAUUUAUCCACUGCCUCCAGUGACUGGGGAUGAAUUGUCUUCUUGAUUGACUGCAAAGAAAGCAAUAUGGUUAAAAACAUAAAAAAAAGUAAAACAAGGAGCCAGGAAACAUCAGCAAUAUACAAAUAAUUAAGCUAAUGCACAAGAAAUAUAAUA